UCACGUCCCGUGAGGAGCAGCUGAGGGAGAUGUGUCCGGUCAGUGUGAGCAAGGGCGGCUCAGGGAAUCUUAUUGCUCACAACGGCCUCAAAGGAAGCUGUAGUGAGGUAGAGGAGGAUGAUGAUACCGAAUCACGACAUGAAGAUGAGAAGGAGGAGGUGAAAUGCUAUUCAAGAAGAAAGGUAUUUUCUAACUGGAGCCGCUAUGAGGAUACAGAAAAAGAGGGACAGAGUGAAGCUGGGGAGUCACAGAGAGGAACAGACUUCAGUGUUUUGCUUAGCUCAGCAGGAGAUUCCUUUACACAGUUUCGAUUUGCUGAUGAGAAAGAAUGGGAUAAAGAAAGUAUAUGCCAUAAGCAGUUCUCUGCACUUUCUAUUGACUGCCAGUCUUUGGUCCAGGCCCUUCAGGAAUUGCCUCUACAUCUGAAGCUGAAUGUAGCUGCUGAACUUGUGCAGGCAUCAACACCUCUAGAAAUCCCACAGAUGAAAUCUAAAAUUUUUGAAGAUGGGAAGAAGAGAGAGCAGCUGUUUCGACAGUCUCUGGCUCAAAGUGAAACCAAUCCUGUUGGUAAUUCUGUUGCUCCAUCAGAACCUGGGAGUAAAAAUGGCUCUAGGGCUAAUGCAAGACAAUCAUUUCAAAGCAUCCAUCCACUACCAAAUCAAGACACUGACCAUUUGGAUGAAGAGCUAGAUUUUCUCUUGAAUCUAGAGGCUCCCAUUAAUACAGAAAAUAGACCUGUAUCAGGUACAUUAUCCUGCAGCAUAUCAACUGAGGAAGAUUCAAAAACUGAUUGUAAGGAAAAUGAGCCUUUAAAAGUAGAUAUGCCUGAAGAGAAAAGCACAUCAUCACAGCAGCAGCACAGUGCAUCUAAAGAUGUUACUGAAGAAGAGCUUGAAGAUUGGCUGGACAGCAUGAUCGCCUGAAGCUCAAAUUUCCUCAUAUGAAUAAUUGAAUAUAGCAAACAUUACAUAGAAACUUGAA